UUACACUCACCUGUUUCACUUCUCUGACUUGGUCAUUGCUUGGUAUUCCUAAUCUACUCCUCUUCUAGCUGUCUGCUUUCACCUGUCUCCAUCUUCCAACCAUCAUUCAUAUCUCCAUCUUUCAUCUCUGCAUCCUACCACCUCUCUGUCUCUCUCUUCACCAUGAGUCUGAGUCGUACCAAGCGAAUCAGCUCCAGCAACUCUGUCCGUAGCAGCAGCGGCUCGAGGAGGCUGAGUGGUUUUGGUCCAGUCCAGGGGGGGUUCAGUGGCAUCUCCCUCAGCAGCAGCUCGCUCUAUGCGGGAACCAACGGGCAUCACCAUGGCCUCGGCACCCCGCUGGCAUCCCUGUCGGUCAACAAGAGCCUGCUGGCCCCCCUCAACCUGGAAAUCGACCCAACCCUGUCCAUGAGCCGAACCCACGAGAAGGAGCAGAUCAAGAGCCUCAACAACCGCUUUGCAAGCUUUAUAGAUAAGGUACGUUUCCUGGAGCAGCAGAAUAAGAUGCUUGAGACAAAACUGGAGCUGCUGCAGGGUCAGGGGGUGGGCCGGUCCAACGUGGAGCCCCUGUUCGAGGCCUACAUGGCGGGUCUGAGGCGCCAGAUGGACUUGGUCAACAACGACAAGACCAAACUGGACGGGGAGCUGAGGAACAUGCAGGGCCUGGUGGAGGACUACAAACACAAGUACGAGGAUGAGAUUAACAAGAGAAACAACCUGGAGAACGACUUUGUUAUCCUAAAGAAGGAUGUAGACUCAGCCUACCUGGUGAAGGCAGAUCUGGAGGAUAAGGUCGGAGCUCUGACUGAUGAAAUCAACUUCCUGCGCAACAUCUAUGAGGAGGAGCUGCGUGAGCUACAGGCCAGCAUCAAAGACACCUCUGUGGUGGUGCAAAUGGACAACAGUCGCAGCCUGAACAUGGAGCAGAUCGUAGCCGAGGUCAAAGCCCAGUAUGAGGAGAUUGCAGCCCGCAGCCGAGAGGAGGCGGAGGCCUGGUACAAGAGCAAAUUCGACCAAAUGUCGGUGCAGGCCAGUCAGUAUGGAGACGAGCUCCGCAUCGUGAAGGGAGAAGUGGCCGAGGUCAACCGACUGAUCAGCCGGCUGCAGAGCGAGAUAGAGGCUGUCAAAGCGCAGCGUGGCGGUCUGGAGAACCAGCUGGCUGAGGCAGAGGAGCGUGGAGAGCUGGCUGUGAAAGAAGCCAAAGCCCGAACCAGAGACCUGGAGGAUGCACUGCAGAGGGCCAAACAAGACAUGGCCAGGCAGCUCCGAGAGUAUCAGGACCUGAUGAACCUGAAACUGGCUCUGGACAUUGAGAUCGCCACCUACAGGAAGCUGCUGGAAGGAGAGGAGGACAGACUCGGACAGCAGUCCAUCAUCCACAUCCAGGCCGUCUCCAACUACAGUACUAAGAGUACUAAUGGGUACCACAGUAACAGCAGCUCUCCUGCUCCAAAACUGCUGAUAAAGACAACUGAGACCAGAGAUAACAGCAGAUACAGCAUUCACUGAGGACACACGCACACACACAACAUGCAGUGGUGGGGUGUAACUAAGUACAUUUACUCGAGUACUGUGCUUUCCUUUCAUGCCACUUUCUACUGUGACUCCACGAGAAUUAUUUGACAGCUUUAGUUACUUUAAUUGAUUUGACUUUGAACUGAUUUUUUGCACACAAAAAUGUACGAAAAUGCACAAGUAGAGAUGAAACAGUCCAUUAAUUGACUGAUAGAAAGUUAAUUAACAGCUAUUUUAUAACUGUGAAGAUCUGCAGCUCCACCUCAACCAAUUACAACAGUAACAUCCUGCUUUUGCAUUAAAUACACGAGUCAUAAUAAUCAUAAUACUUUAAGUACAUUUUCCUGAUUAUAUUUACAUGCUUACAGUUUUUAAAUGUGAAACUUUAACUUCAUUAAGUACUUAUGCCAUCACUGCGUGCAUGUACCACACAAACAAUCACAGACAAAUCUUCAGUUUAUUUUCUAAAGGGUUUCUCUACAUGUGUGCAGGUGCAUUUAAUUACUAAUGUUACUUAGUGUAGAAUAAUGGAUAAAAAAUAAAAUCAUAAGCAUGGAGAAUCAAGCGGAAAUAGUACUGGUUUCUGAUAUAAUUUUUACUAGAUAAAGAUUUUAAAGUGUGUACUGUAGUCUGUCGGGUCCGUUUUGGACUCAUUAGUUGUACCGAGCAGCAUGGAGUGCCUAACACUCUCUGAUUUCUAACAAACGCUGUAGUAGGCUGUUUAUUAUCUACUAUUCUCAAUUAAUCUGUGGUGAGGAUAUUGUAGUCUUGAAGAUCAGAUUGUAGACAUCCUGUCAGAGGUGUGCUUAGCCAACAAAAGGUUUUGUUUCUUUAACUUUGCCAGCUCAGUUUUUCACUCUGAGAAUGUUUGUGAAGCUGUUAUCAGAUAAACUAGUGGUCUUCAUCUGCAGAUGUGCUCAUUAGGUUUUAGUUUCUUUAUUACUUUUCUGCUGUUUCUUUU